AUGGAUACAUUCGGUCCUCUCCUGCAGGGCUGGAAGCUAGACACCACGAUUGAUAGCAAUGGAUAUCGGCAUCAUAAACUGCAAUCGGGCCCCGAGUGCUGGAGGGACGUGGGCGAAAUAGGAGAUGGGGGUUUUGCCACCGUCUACAAAGAGCUUUGUCUGUCGGGACACUCAGAAAAUACUAUGCGCGCUGUGAAACAUAUCCGCAAGAGCCAGAUGGGCUCUGGGGCGAGGCGAGAGCUGGAUGCUCUAGUUACAUUCUCCAAUUCUCAGUUCCUGGGCUGGUUCGAUGACGCAAGGCACAUCUACAUGGCAAUGGAGUUUUUCGAGCACGGUGACCUCCAUAAGCGGAUGGAAAAAUACGGGACGUUUCCAGAGACUGAAGCAGCCUUGAUCACGGCCCAAGUGGCACAGGCUUUGCAGUAUAUGCAUGAGAAGCGCUUCAUCCACCGGGACAUCAAGCCUUCGAAUAUUCUGGUCUCCCGUCCGGGUCCUUACUGGCAUGUCAAGGUGGCUGACUUUGGAAUUGCUAAAAAUAUAGAUGGCACCAUCGCAAGGACCUGGACUGGCACCGACGGAUACAUGGCGCCGGAGGUGAGGUCAUCAAACUCAUACACCGCCGCUGUCGACAUCUGGUCACUUGGAGCUGUGGCAUAUUAUAUGAGGACCGGCUCCGCCCCGUCCGCGAAUCCCAUCCCAUCUCUACGUAACUCGGGCAAGUUCUGCACGGACUUUGUGAUGCGCGCCAUGGCCCAUGUUCCUGCGCAACGACUCACCAUUCAGCAAGUCCUAGCGCAUGGCUGGCUUCAAAUUGAUUAUACGCAGCUAGGUGUCACUCAGAGAGGCGAACCGACUACGGCGUAUAAACCCUGGUCGACUGACCGACAGUCGCAGCCUCGUCUACCUAUCGCAUCGAUCAUAGAUCCAACACUCACGCCAAAGUCGUCCAAUGCUUCUCCAUAUCCCGGGCAACAGAGAUAUGGCCAGGAAAACAAGUCCAAGAAAAAGUCGCAUCUUUCACAACCUCUCCACAAGUCGGUUGACUUCAUGUUCCACGCUCGUACGUCCCGUCCCCCACCUCCACUUUUCCGCCAUGCGAUGGCACAUGUGUCCGCGCACCAUGAUAGUCCCACCCUUAACCAGCGAGCCCACGCCGCCCCCAGCUCAGCAACGGGCCACUCAUGA